GUCGAUUGCACACUCGCCAGGCAUUGGCAAAUACUUUUAGUCCUUUGUUUAAUAGGACCUUGGACCCUGAAACGGAAAUUAUUGUAACCGCUGGUGCUAAUGAAGAUAUCAAUGAACUUCGUUCUAAAAUUACACCAAAAACCAAACUUAUUGUUUUUAAUAAUCCACAUAAUCCAACUGGAAAAGUGUUCUCUAGGGAAGAAAUGAUGGAGAUUGGAGCAGUAGCACAGGAAUUUAAUUUACUUAUCAUUAGUGAUGAAGUGUAUGAACGUUAUUAUUAUGCACCAGAUGUUUUCGAACGUAUUGCUACUCUUCCUGGAAUGUGGGAGCGUACAAUCACUGUUGGUGAUUGCGGUAAGACUUUUGGAACAACCGCCAUUCUAUUUGAAGAAAUUAAUCAGAAAGAAUAUUUCGAUCGCCAAAUUUCUGCUUAUACAUCAAAACGUGAAAAGUUAAUGUCUACAUUAUCAUCCAUUGGAAUACCAUAUACAAUUCCCCAAGGAAGUUAUUUCGUACUAGCCAACACUUCAAAGAUUCAAAUACCUCAAGAUUACGAGUUUCCCAAAGAUUUUAUUGACGCUCCAAAAGAUUUUAGAGUUUGUUAUUGGCUGGCUAAAGAAAUUGGCAUUAUAGCAACACCACCAAGUGAAUUUUAUUCGCAAGAACAUAAACAUAUUGUGGAAGAUUUUAUAAG